AUGCAUGCCUCUAGAAGGUAGGUGAAACACGUUGGUAAAAGGGAAAGCAGAAGGAGAGCAUGUCAUGCAGAGCUUUCCAUCAUGACAGGGAAAUGUUACGGAUGCUGGUGCUAUAUUCAGACUAAAACUUUAUUGCGGUCCAAAGACCCACCAAACAAUUUCAAAACUAGAUACGGUUAAAACGACCAGACAGACAGAUGGAAGAAACAAAGGCAGUCAUUUUGUUUUAUCUAGGGCAUAAUGAUCUUUGUUUCUUAUAACCUCCGAAAUAAACUUUGCCACGGUCAGUGUACUAUCAUUUGACCUGUCUUCCAAAAGAUAUUUAAUAUGGGAGGCUUUGGAUUUUCCCGGCAAAUUAGCUAGUGAGGGUUUGAUCAGUUGAUCCCUUGCUUGCUCAUAUUGCCCACAAUACAGAAGAAUCAGCUUCAUGCAAUCAACGUCCUGGGAACAUAAACAAAGCCUAUUCUGAUAGGGGAUGCCUCUCAGUCUGCAAUUUAGAACUUCCGAGGGAAAUACGUUUAGUCUGGCUUUGGUAAAUAAACGCCGAGAAGUAGGUACAGACAAAUUCCUAAGGUAUGAGGAUAUCUGAAAGUCAUACCCAUACUGGAUUCCAGCUGCGACCGGGCUACAAAUUACAUAAGAUCGGGAUGGUGCUAUAUUUUAUAUGCAGCUUCAGACUACUGUGCUGAAAGACUUACUAGGGGAUAAAUAAUGAGGCUGCUGACACGGUGGGGUUUGGGUUUUUGUGGGGGGGGGGGGGAACAAUGCAAUGGAAGGAACUAAGGGUUUCUUCAUACAACAUUGUUAAGACACAAGUAGCACAGUUAGGACACUUCCUGGGGGAAGGAAGGGCCAUAGCUUUGUAAGAGAGCAUCUACUUUGCAUGCGGAAGCUUAGGCUUAGGCUUUAAUCUUUAGCAUCUUUAGGUAGGGCUAGGAGAGACUCUCUGUAAAGUAACACCUUAAACGUCAGUAGUGGCAACAGGCUAAAUCUAUUGUUUCUUUUUUUCUUUCGGCAGAAUACACUGCCUUCGCGCUCACAGGCCCAAACCUGCUGCUACCACCGGAGAGGCAGUGCAGAAUUCUUGUGGGUGCAAACAGCGGUGUCGAAAUGAGCAAACUGCCGUCGGUACACUCUACACACUCAUUGUCAUGGUUAUCCUAAUUGCAAUUUGGGGAGUCUGGGCCAGGAAAGAUUUCUGA